AUGGAAGAAAACAUGUUUGACCCGCAACCAGAUAUCCCUCGCAUUCGAAUCGAUUCAACCCAUUCUUAUCAGCAGCGAGAGAGCAUGUUGGAAAAACUGAACACGUAUUAUACAUUGGCUGUAGUAAUUGCCCAGCUCACCAUCGGAGUACUUGGCAACAGUCUGACGCUAGUAGCCGAUGCAACUAGAAUCUUUGCAGACCAUUUGGAGCUUUUUCAAUACGACAGAUCAGCUACUCCAGGAAAACGAUUGACUGAAAUAAUCACAGUUGGAAUAACCAAUGUUGUGUUGUUCCUCUUGUUUGUUGCUUUCUUGCUCACGGCUUCGGGACGAGCUGCAACUAUGGAUUUUGAUAUCAAUCGGAUGUACUUGUCUAUUGGAACUGCUCUGGCAAUGACUGCUAACACAUUGCAGACAUUGUGUCAUUUCAGAACUUGGCAACGUGAACGAGGUUACAAUUUCUCUCUCUACACUGGAUCCAAACGAAACCAACUGAUGCAUGGUUUUGUAUACCAUUUUGUCGCAUACUUCGUGCUUGUCUCAUCUCUGUUAAUUAUAGUCAAUAAGGAUAACUUGAUUGCUGAUGUCGUCACAACAUACAUCACCAGUAUCCUCAUUCUCACAAAUAUUUCUUCCAUAGGAUACCAACUUUACCACGAAUACUUCGCCCUCGAACACCCACAAGACGAGUAUGAACAACUUUAG